CACUGAUAGGCGGCACUGACUGGCACUGAUUGGCAGCACUGAUAGGUGGCACUGAUUGACAUUGAUAUGUGGCACUGAUGGGUAACACUGAAAGUCAGCUCAGAUGGGCACUGAUAUGUGUGAUAUGUGGCAUUGAUGUGCACUGGUAGGCACUGGCAGGUGGCAUGGAUGAGCACUGAUAGCUGGCACCGAUGGACACUGACAGGUGGCACUGCUGGGGCUACACUGAUCAUCAGUGCCCUGAUGAUCACUGUCAGCGUGACAGCUCAAGAGGAGAGAAAUGCCCAUAAC